AUGUUCCUUCACAAAGAAGGGUGCCGGUACGAAACCGUGAAGAGUACUAUUCGGAGGAGCCGUGGAGGAUGGUGGUGGUCUCGGUUUUGGAGGUUUCGUUUGGACUGUUAUGUUCACCUCUUCUCCAUAUGCGGUGCCAAGUGUCACUGGAACUGUGUGGCUUUGAAAGCAUUCUAUGUGACCGCCAAUGCCGGACAUAGUGCACAGCUCAGUGUUUUCUGAGCUCCGGAAUCGAAGAAGAAAAGAACUUUUUCGAAAACCUGUGUAUUGUUAUUCCAUACGUUGCCUUCAGCCGUCAUUAAUAUAAGUUGUUUAUUUGUGGAAUUGUUGUUAACGACUUCUACGCUGUUGCUUUGUGUUUCUGCGAACAUUUGUGUGUUUGGUUGACCCAUUCUCUGUUUUUCACGUUUAUAGUUAUUUCGUUGGUCGGAAUUGCGAUUUCUAUCGUUUUUGUAGUUAUUUUGAUUUGCGUUUGUAAUUCUCGGCCUGCUAUCAAGCGUGGGGUUACUGCGAGGCUCAUCUUUUUUGUAGCACAAACUAAUA